GUGUGUGUUUGUGUGUGAUUGUUUGGUGCAUUUUCAAGUAUGUCGAGCGCAACGCAGGACUGUAUACCGCCGCGCGGUAAUGGAGAAAUGAAGAUCAAGCAGGAAACACAACAAUCAAUCAAUCAGUCCGAUCCAAACGAUUCUUCCUCGGGAAGUAAUAGCAGCGGUGGUGGUGCUGCGGCCGCCAUUACGCACCAGGUGGCGGGCGGUAAUGGCCAGGGCACCUCCUCCGCCUCCUCGUCUUCGUCCAACUAUCAAAAACCCAUCUCCACAAGCAACAACAGCCACAAUAUGGCGAAUUCGCAUCGCUCAAGACGCACCUCGACGUCUUCACCCGUGUCGUCACCAUCGCCCACCCUGCCGACCGGUUCGGCGAAGCUGAGCAACGGUGCGGGCACGAAGACCUCGCCCUCGUCGUCUUCCACGGCCGUCUCCGGCAGUAUGGGCGCGGGCGGCGCCAGUGCUGGUGGGGGCCGAGGUGCGGUAGGUCCUGCGCCGGGCGGCGCACCCGCCACCAUCGGGGAACCGAGCGGGAUGGGUGGUGGUGGUUUAUCGGGCAGCAAUACGGCAAAUUAUCAUAACUUCAUCGGGCGGCUCAUCAGCAAAGACAACAUGCUGCUAAUAAGCGAAGACGUGAUCGAGGUCGGUCGCAAUUCGUCCAAGUCGCAGGUGGACUUCCACGUCGGCAAGAACAGCUUCAUCUCCCGUAAGCACUUCAUCAUCCAGCACGACAUGAACGAUGAGUUUACACUUUUCUGCCUGAGCAAGAACGGGGUGUUCAUCGACAAUGUGUUUCACCGUAAGAGCGGCGAACCGUACAAACUACCAAAACUAUGCAGCAUCCGCUUUCCAAGUACAAACAUUAAGAUCCAGUUCGAAAACUUGAUUGACCAGGCGAACAAUGGUAUAUUGAUUGACCUGAACGAACACACACCGGUAAAGAUCGGCACCGGACCGAUGGGUGGCAUUCCGUUACACGCCGGUUCCAUAACCGGCGCACCAAUGGCGCAGGGUGGCACCGGCGCUGGUGCCGGUGGCCCGAGCAGUGCUAACGCGCUGGGUCUUGGCGGUAGCGGUACCGGCCAUCAGCAGCACCACCACUACCACAAUCGUGGUGGCAAAUCGCCGUCAUCGAGCGUGAUUUACGCACCGCUCAAAAUUUCUAUUCCCUCCGAGCCUGGCGCCGCCGGUAGUGCGGUCGGUGGUUUGCUCGGUGAUGUACCGCGUGGUUCGCGCGGUGGAGCUGCCGGUGGCGGUGGUGGACGGGGCAGCGAUAUGCACGGAAUGGGUGGCAGUGGUUACCCGUCGCCGACCGGUACCAUCAGUGCUGCCAACAGUUGCCCCACUAGUCCGCGGCAAAAUGUGCACGAAUUUGCCCAGUACAGCAGCAAUCACCACCACCAUCAUCAGCACAGUACCGCUAACGUGGUCAGCAACAAUAACAACAAUAACUAUUCCGAAUUUCAAGCCCCGCCUACACAAUCAUUGGAAAGCGAUAAGCCACCGUACAGCUAUGCGCAGCUGAUUGUUCAAGCUAUUUCGGCGUCCCCGGAAAAGCAGCUGACGCUCUCGGGAAUUUAUUCCUUUAUUUCGAAAAAUUAUCCAUACUAUCGAACUGGAGCGAACAAGGGCUGGCAGAACUCGAUUCGACACAAUCUGAGUUUGAAUCGAUACUUCAUCAAAGUACCGCGAUCACAAGACGAACCCGGCAAGGGUAGCUUCUGGCGGAUAGAUCCAUCCAGCGAGCUGAAGCUGAUCGAUCAAAGCUACAGAAAGCGACGCCAGCGUGGUUCGCAGUGCUUCCGGUCGCCGUUCGGGAUGCCACGUUCGGCACCGGUUUCGCCAAGCUACACCGACAACUCGCGCGAAGGUUCGCCCAUCAACGAGGAGCUCCUAAUGUCGGCACCCGGUUCGCCCGGACAAAACAACAGCGGCUACGCUGCCAACAAUCACGAUGGUUCGCAACAGUCUUCGUACCAGAACCAGUACACGGCGUACGCGAGCGCAGAACAUCAACAGCAAGAGGUGUACGAGGAAGAUGAGCAGCUCGAAUACGAAAGUGAUGAUUACGAGCCGGGCAGCAAGCGUCAAAAGAUGUAAUUUU